GUGAGAGUCCUUUUUUUGGUCGUUCACUGUUCCCUCUUCUACAGGCAGAGAGCACAAUGAGUCAAUGAAAGCUGAAGGGAAGAGGAGCACUGUACAGCAGAGAGGAGAGAGAGCAGAACCAAGAAGACGAGAGCACGAGAGAGAUAGAAAGAAGGAAAGCUUUUUGGACAGAGGUCUAAACCAGAUAAAGAGAACGUCUGGUUUUAAAGCCAGGCUGGGAUGAAGUAUCAGUGACCGGUCAUCUGAGGACUGACUACUUCACCUCUCUCUUUCACUUCUGAUCUUCCCUUCUUUAUUAGGAACAUUUGGACCAUUUUCAACCCUCCAUUUGGUCUCUGGUCAGGGGAUCUUGCUCGCCGCAGUAACCCAGGUCUCUGGAGCCCUGAGUGGGGUUGAGGUAGAGGAGCCUUGUCUCUGGUUGCUGGUGUUUUGGGGCUGGAGGAGAGGAUGGCCAUGCCAAGGAGAUCCAUGGCUGGAGCCGGGUCAGGGGGCUGUGGAGCCAGGCUAGACCACGUUGGGGUGGCCCGGGCUGGGCUGUGGCUGCUGCUGUGGGGGUACCUGCUGGGGGCUGGCGGGGUGGAGGCAUGCCCUUCUCUGUGUACCUGUGUGGGAGCCACGGUGGACUGCCACGGCCUGGGGGUCCGGAACAUCCCCAAGAAUAUCCCCAGGAGCACAGAGAGACUUGAUCUAAAUGGGAACAACCUGACGACCAUCAGCAAGACAGACUUCUCUGGCCUCAAACACCUCAGAGUUCUUCACCUGAUGGAGAACCAGAUAAGCAACAUUGAGAGAGGAGCAUUUGAUGAUCUGAAGGAACUGGAGAGACUUCGCCUGAACAGGAACCGUCUCACUCCUCCCUGAACUCCUGUUCCAGAAGAAUGAGG